AUGCUUCGCCUCUCUCUUUGUCGCUGGUGCACCGCCGUGGCCAGUGGCUCGUCGACUUCAACGGCUCAUGGAUCGCCGCCAGCGACCACGUUGCCUGACUUCUAUGGCAAGAGCUUCUCCGUCUCACCGCGAGCAUGGGCCCAGAUUACGCGGAAAAACUCAGAGGAAGGGUUUACAAACGAUGCGCGCUACCUUCGCCUCGCCAUCGACUCGGGCGGCUGCCACGGUUACGUCUACAAGUUCUCCUUUGAAAAGAACGAAGAGUUCGAUCGCGAGGGGGAUGUGGCUAUUGCAGAGGUGAAUGCGGUAUCGCCCAGCGACGAAGCGUUCACUGGUGCGCAGCCGUCGCCGCGCGUGGUUGUGGACACUCUCAGCGCGUCGAAACUCGAGAACGCAACGCUGGACUAUCACAGCGAGCUGAAGGGAUCCGCAUUUGUGGUGGUGGGCAAUGAGUUAGUCGACGAGUCCUGCGCCUGCGCCAUGUCCUUCUCUAUUAGAAAAAGGACGCGUCCGUCGGCGUCGUCGUCAUCAAGCUCGCAAGGAGCGUAUUCUGAAGAUGGCGGUCGUCGCGGAGGGAGCGGCGCCGCUGCUCUGCCGGGAGGUAGCUCUUUGGCGACGAAUGCGCGUCCGAUUCCCCGCCGUUCUCCAACGCGCGCUACUUCAUGA